UGGUUUUACUUUUCCUCCUCCUCUUAUCAGGAGAUGUUGAACUCAAUCCUGGUCCUAUGAUUGAUGAUCAACCUGAUAUUUUCCUAUUGCUUCAAUGGCUUGAGCCACUUGUUGACUGGAAACCAUUUGGUCUUCUCUUACCUGAAAUAACACAACAUGAUAUUACAAUAAUUGAACAAGUGGAUACUAAACAUCAAAAACUAGCUUUAUUUACAAAAUGGUUGAAUACAGAUCCUACAGCAACAUGGAGAGAUGUACUCAAUGCAUUGACUAAAAGAGAAGAGAUCAAUUUAAUACAAACUAUUAAUAAUCUGUUACAAGUAGAUCUACAUAUUUGUACAGGAGGUAAUAAUGAUGCUCCUGUUUCUAGUAUUGCACCAGUAGUAUCUACUGUAUUAUCAUCAGUUUCUGUAAUUAAUAAACUUGUUACUAGUAUUACAUCAGGUAAUCCAAAAGAUAUAUUAAGGACUCAUUCAUAUAAAUUAGGUCAUGCUAUUAGUGUGAAUCUAUACAAUGUAACUGAUGCACUGUAUGCUAAAGAAUUGAUACCACAACAGACUAAAGAAGCUAUGCAUGUAUCAGGAGUAACCGAUAAUGAGAAAUCUAGUAAAAUUAUGCUAAUCAUUGAGCAAUUGUUGGAAUCCUCUCCUAAUCCAGAGCAGUAUCUUAUCGAUAUAUGUCAUGUAUUAAUAAACCAACAUUGUACACUAACAGAUAUUGCUAUCUCUAUACUACACGAGUUAGGUCAGUCUGAUGUAGCUAAACCCAUUAGUUCAAUACCAAAUGAUGUUCAGGGAUAUGCUGACAUAUUUUGUUUGCAUAUGUGA